AUGCAUAUGAUCCCGCUGAAUGUACAUUAUUUAUUCACUCGUUUAUAAUCUGUAUUCAUCAAACAGAAGAUCUGAAGGAUGGUGUUAGUUCAUGUUGGAUAUUUGGUUCUUCCCGUCUUUGGCUCAGUAAGAAACAGAGGAUCUCAUUUUAACAGGCAUCAGCACACUCAUGCUACCUCCUGCCGGCAUUUCCACGUAGGCCCACAGACUCAGAUCCCUGUCGAAUUCCCCAUGCCCCAUCCAGGACAAUCUCAGACGGCGAUUAACCAUCACCUCGGGCCCGCGCACCAGCCGGCCGCCGCGUUACAUCCACACCUUAGCCACAUACCAGCGCCACCUUUCCAGGACAUCCCGGCUCCCCCCUUCCUACCUCAGGCUUUACACCAGCAAUACCUCAUCCAACAGCAAAUUCUGGAGGCCCAACACAGGCGGAUGCUUCCACAGCCUAGACACGCUCAAGACAGACCCCUGCACCACCCGCAGACGCUGCGACCGCCGUAUGAAUAUCCUCCAUCCAUUCACAUCUCUCCACCCGCAGCCAUUCCACAGCAGCCCCAGCGUUACCUCGCCGAAGGAACGGACUGGGAUCUGAGCGUGGAUCCAGGUCUACCACAGUACCACAUCCCCCCCCUCUCUCAACAUUACCAGCAUUACCUGACAUCGCCACGACUUCAUCACUUCCCCAGAAACACAACUUCAGCACAAGUGGUUGUCCACGAGAUCAGAAACUACCCUUAUCCUCAGUUACAUCUGCUGGCUCUGCAGGGACUCAGUCCGUCUCGACAUGCGUCUGCGGUGCGAGAAAGUUACGAGGAGCUCCUUCAAUUAGAGGACAGACUAGGCAAUGUGAACAGAGGAGCUCUGCAGAGCACCAUCGAGAGGUUCACUUUUCCUCACAAAUAUAAAAAGAGAAGACCUCUGGAGCUGAAGAUCGGGAUGGAUGAGGAAGAAUUGGACACAGAUGAAAAAUGCACGAUAUGCCUCUCAAUGCUUGAAGAUGGAGAGGAUGUGAGGAGGUUACCCUGCAUGCAUCUCUUCCACCAGGCUUGUGUUGACCAGUGGCUGGCGACCAAUAAGAGGUGUCCCAUCUGCAGGGUAGACAUUGAGACGCAGUUGUCCCCCGAUAGCUGAUGUCUCGCGUAGCACUAAUCUAAAGUCCUGUCGUCUUUCUACGUCCCUUCGUGGGUACUUUGCCAAAUGUGUGUCGUCUCUAUCACCUCUCACCUCUGACCUUUGCCUUCUGAGCCAACUGAUGAUGUAGAACAGGGAGGGAGUGGAACCGAUACAGAAUCGGAGAGCGCAUGGAGAAGAUGGUUUCACUAAGGUCCGGUUUAGCGAAGAUGGUUUUUAGUGUGAUUCCAGACAUUUUCAGGGUUCAGUAGGUCCAUGGAUGAAGCAUUACAGACAUAGCAAACUCAAACGUUCUGAAUAUUAUAUGUGAUUAGUAAAUGUAAAUGAGAAUGCAGCUCGCAGUAUUUAGAAUGAAUUAUUAAAGGAGAGAGAGAGAGAGAGAGAGAAUCUGCUUGGCCGCAUGACUAGAAUAAUAAACCGUAUUGAAACGGAGCCGGUUCGGUCGUUGUAUCUGUAUUUAUCAGAGGUGAUGCUUCACGUUGGUGUGUAAGAUUAAGACCAUUCUUGAUGCAAACUGUGACCGUCUGUGUUUUUCGUCUGUGCUCGCUUAAAAAACUCGGAAGCGAAAGGCCCAGGGAAUUCUGGGAAAUGCAUGAGGACGUUCUAAUCCUGAAGACACUGUGUUCUUAAUGCGUCUCUGAAGUUUCCACGAGUGAACUGUCUUACCGUAUCGCCUGUAGCACAAGCACACAGCGUAAGUCGACGUGUCUCCGUUAGUUUUGUGACGUGUGGUUCCAGCAGCUCUGACGUCAUAUCGUGCAUGAAACCCGGUUGCUGCCAUUUCUAGAGGACACAAGGGAGUAAAGCCAUUCGUUUUAUAGAAACCAAACAUGAUUUUUCUAAGCUGUGCGUGAUCAUUCUCUUUCUUUGCUCUUUCCUACAGUUGCCAACCUGUAUGUGGGGCUGGAAAAGCUUCUCGACAUAAGUAGCUUCGAUGCUGGAAGAAAAUAUUUAUUGUUGUCCUAACGUAGUUAUUUUCACGUUUUCUGCUUUCGCAUUUGCACUCAGUAACCUGUUUCCUCGUGCGUAGUGCACUCCAUCCAAAUAAAAGAGGGAACAGAUGUUAUAACAGCACAUUUUGAUUUUUGUAUGUCUUGUAACAGCACUCGUCGCCUCACUGACCACUUUUAACAUACGUUAAGUGUUUUCCGUAGCAUUUCAGAUGUUUCGACGAUGACGUCGUCGUCGUACAUUUGACGAAACAAUGUCCUUCUGGUUUUUGCUUUUAGGGUGGCUGGAGGACUUGUGUUUCAAUAGUCAAUUUUUGUCGUGACGUGAGCGUUCGGUUUCUGUGGCCGCACACAGCGCCAGCUUUUUCGUUGCGUGUUUCAUAGUUUACACAUGAUAUUGUGCGUCCAAAUGCCUUAAGUAUUUAACAAUCGUAAUUUAUGACUAACUUUACCCGCUCUCUGGGUGCAUAUUUAAGUUCUGAACUACGUAGUAUGGCAAUGUAAUCGAUUUAUUUAUUUACUUACUUACGUAAGCAGCAUAACGUGUGUAUAAAUACCUCAUUGUGCUACACUUUAAUGGGAGUGCUUUGCAUGCGGUUGUACUUUAAAGGGGCAUAAGUGUCAAAACAAAAACCCAAGGGCGUGCUGAAAUGUGUUAGUAUGUGGUGCUGUAGUUUUUGGUUACAUUCCAUUAAUGCAAAAUGUCAAAGAAUCGUUCAGCUGUGAGCUCGUAGACAAACCGUUAAUAUGGACUGGAAUUGUUUUGCAUGUCUCUGUUUUUCUGCCCUCUCACUGGCGUUCUGCAAACAUGCAUCACCGUCCGCUCAUCUCGUCUUGCUCAUCUGAAAGGGGUCGUGAAUCUUUUUUCGGUGUUUUCUAAUAGUGAGGAGUGAGUUCAACGCGUACUGUGAUAUUAUCCGCUUGUCUUGUAUCCAUAUGGCUUUAAUUUAGCGUUUGAAUACGGUGAGCCAGGUCUUUGUGCGCUGUAUUUCUGUAGAUUUCAAGUGAAGCCGAUUUGGGUUAUCUUUCGUUACGUAUUGGUACUUCAUUUGAGAGGCUUUAAAAUGUCUGAAUGCAUAAUAUUACAGCUAGUAUUGUGGUACACGCUAGUAGAUUAUUUUCAUAAUGCACAUUUUUAUGACUUUAACCCCCCUCCCAAAGUUUUAUUCUGCCAGUAUAGCAUUGUGGAUUGUUUUAGUCAUCAUAUAUCAGAUGACCUUUUUUCAGUAAACGUCAUUUUUUUUUUAUUUGCUAGCCGUGUACAACCUAAUAAACACAUGGGAGUCCUAAUAGUUUCAGGAACUCGUACAAAAAAAGAAAAUAAAUAUUAAUGGCUUUAUAUUUUAUGAUUUCUGUUUCUAGCCUGUGUAGCCUUAAAGUCGUUUUUGAUUUGAUCGAUUUCUCCAGCAGAUUUGACAUAAGCAAUAGUAUUAUAUCAUGUUUCGCUAACAGACUGAACCCUAGAUCCUAAAGCACAAGUUCUGUAAUGCAUGUCUUUCUCAGGUUUUAAUAUGCGUAUGAGAAUGGAUACAUAUGUUAAAAUAUUUUACCAUAAAUAUUUCUGAUGUUUUUUCUGCUGCUGACAAAAAAAGUGAAAUAACCUGCCAGUGAUGAGGACGAGUUCCUGCUGUGUGCUGUUACUGCGCAAUGUUUUCUGACAUGAAUAUUUUAUAGCUCAAGUAGAAGAAUAUGUAUUGACAAUAUUUAAGCAAUAGCUUGGUGAUUAUAAUGUAUGAUAACUAGAUAAGUGUAUAUUGCGUAAAAAAAAGAAAAUCUUAGAUUCACUUUUGGUGGAUUUUGUACUGUAUUUAUUACUAAUGACGAUGCAAAAAGUUGCAUAGCUUAACCCAAAAUUUUCUUUCUUUUUUUAAUUUCUUGUCUUGUAUAUGACCCUUUUUGUAUGUGUUUUUUCAAAUAAACUGUUGAAAAUGCUUUAAAAAAAAAAGA